UUGCGUUUUGAGUGUCUGGUGGGGUGAGGGCACUCAGUGGUCGCUAGACUCCUGCCUCGGUUGGCAUUUCCCGGCUGGCGAUGGCGACCUACACCUGCAACACCUGCCGGGCCCUGUUGGACGACGCGGAGGCGCAGCGGGCCCACUACAAGACGGACUGGCACCGCUACAACCUGAGGCGCAAAGUGGCCGGCAUGGCCCCGGUCGGCGCCGAGGGCUUCCAGGAGCGGGUGCGGGCGCAGCGGGCCCUGGCGGAGCCGGAGAGCAAGGGCGCGGCCACCUACUGCACCGUCUGCAGUAAGAAGUUUGCCUCCUUCAAGGCCUACGAAAACCAUCUGAGGUCCCGGCGGCACGUGGAGCUGGAGAAGCAGGCGGUGAGUCGGAGAGUGGCGAUCCUGAAUGAAAAGAACUUGGAGAAAGGGCUGGGCGUGGACAGUGUGGACAAGGAUGCGGUGAACGCGGCCAUCCAGCAGGUCAUCAAGGCUCAGCCGUCCACGUCUCCCAAGGAGGCGGCCCCAGCGCCCGAGGCGGAGUCCCGGAGUCCCGUGACCGUGGCCGCUGGAGGACGUGGGACUCAGCAGCGAGACCCGGCCGAGAAACCUCCCCGGCUGCAGUGGUUUGAGCAGCAGACGAAGAAGUUGGCCAAACAGCAGGGGGAGGAGGAGAGUGAGGAAGACCUGGAUGCAGAUGACUGGGAGGAUAUUGAUUCUGAUGAGGAACUGGAAUGUGAGGAUGCUGAAGCCACGGAGGAGGAGGAGGAGGAGGAGGAGGAGGAGGCUGGAGGAAGCACCGCGCUUGGUGCCAUCCCCAUGACGGACUGCUUAUUUUGUCCCCAUCAUUCAAGCUCCCUCACGAAGAAUGUGGCUCAUAUGACUAAAGUCCACAGCUUCUUUAUUCCUGAUGUAGAGUAUCUUUCAGAUCUUAAGGGACUGAUUAAAUAUUUGGGAGAGAAAGUUGGUGUGGGGAAGAUUUGCUUGUGGUGCAAUGAGAGGGGAAAGUCCUUCUACUCCACGGAGGCUGUCCAGGCUCACAUGCACGACAGGAGUCACUGCAAGCUCUUCACAGAUGGCGAUGCGCUUUUGGAAUUUGCAGACUUCUAUGAUUUUAGGGGUAGCUACCCAGGUCACCAGGAAGGGGAGGACCCUGGUGAGACUGAGGAGUUGCCCUCAGAAAGGGCCUUGGAAUACGACGGUGACACCAUGGAGCUGAUUCUCCCUUCUGAGCUGGGACAUGCAGCCUCCUGGUUCUCAGCCUCCAGUCUCAGACUGAAUUAUUCCACCAGCUUUCCUGGUUCUCCAGUUGCAGCUGACAGAUUGUGGGACUCCUCGACUUCUGUAAGUGUGUUAGCCAAUUCCUGUAACAAACCUCCUCUAAUAUACAUAUCUAGAUACGUCCUAUUGGUUUCGCUUCUCUGGAGAACCCUGACUAAUACAGAUGCUAAAAGGCCGAAGCCAGUAAGCGCUCACUCUCGUUAUUUUGGAGCCCAAACUGUAGAUCUCGUGUCUGAGGGGUCAGUCUACCACGGAGGAAGGUACCUAUUUCUGAUGCAGAGAAGGUGUGGGUCACGUAAUCAUUGCACAUUUCAGCUAGAACGGACUUAAAGAAAUUUUUGUCCAAAUCUGCCAUUAGAUAACAAAGGAAACUAGAAUCCCACAGAGGCUAAGUGCCCUGCCCAAAUCACACUCCUGGUCAACUGCGGGACUGGAACGUGGAACUUUGAUUCCUUGGUCAGGGUCCCUUUCUCUGAACCAUUGCCAUUCUUAUCUUAAGAGA